AUGACAAUCCUGCUGGCAAUUGUAUUCUUCCUGAGUAUGGUCUCCGAAAUGACACCUCCUACAUCGGAUGCGGUGCCGCUAAUUGGUGUAUUCUUUUCGUGCUGUAUGCUGGUGAUCUCGGCUUCUGUGGUUUUUACUGUGCUCAUUUUGAAUUUACACUUUCGUGGACCAGAUACUCACGAAAUGAGUCCAAUAGUAAGUUUCAUACGAUCAGAAUGA